CCACCUCUUCCCCCAUUUAUAUUCCCCCUCAUAACCAUAAGUCCAUAACCAUAAACCAACCACUAAAACCACACACCUCUUCUUUCUCUCUCUCUUUUUCUCUUACAAUCAUUCAUUCACUCAAACAACAUGCAACAAGCAAUUCCUUAUAGGUCAUGGCGACCUCUCAUAACCCACAACCACACCCAAACUACUAACUUCACAAUCACCCCACACUCAUUAACUACUCAUAAUUAUUCCUCAUCCGUUUCUCCCAAGAACCUUGCAACGGAGGGAAUGGUUUUCAACAAGGUCUCUGAGAACGCCGUUAUAGUCUUUGCAAGGCGAGGUUGCUGCAUGAGCCAUGUGGUGAAGCGCUUGCUUCUUGGUCUUGGUGUCAACCCUGCGGUACACGAGGUGGAGGAGAAAGAUGAAGUGGGUGUUGUUAGAGAAUUGGAAGCAAUCGUUGGUGCCAUUCAAAAUGAUGGGAAGGUGCAGUUUCCAGCAGUGUUUAUAGGUGGAAAAUUGUUUGGAGGAUUGGAUCGUCUUAUGGCUACUCAUAUUUCUGGUCAAUUGGUUCCUAUACUCAAAGAAGCAGGGGCUUUAUGGCUUUGACUCAUUAUUGUAUUAUUAUUUUUUAAGAGUUUUCAUUUUCAUACUUGUUUUUCUUGUUUUAUUAUAUAUUUUCCGAUAUGUUGAUUUCCUCCAACCUUUGGAGGUUAGAGAGAAAAAAAAUGAAAAAGAGGGAAUAUUUUCGAUAUCUAUGAUAAUGGAUACAGAAAUCUGAUGAUAUAAUAGUGUUAUUAUU